UGCACUGUGUACGUCAGCUGUCAAAACGAAUCACAAAUUUUUCACGGCUUUUAUUGUGCGCUGCGUUAUUAUUGCAUUUUCCCGAGUCCAAGGCGGUUGCGUAGCAUAUGCGUGGAUCGGUCGUGGUAAUUAAAUGUGGCACGCAUCCGGUGCAGUGAGUGUCAAGUGACCAGUUAGCCAGUACAACCGAUAGCCAUGUCGUUCGUGGGCGGGGGCGGGUGCGGUGGCCAGGAUGUGCACAAGUUUGUGGAGGCGCUGCAGGCGGAUUUCAAGACCCUCUCGCUGGAGACCAAGAAGAAGUAUCCUCAGAUCAAGGAGGCGUGCGAGGAGGCCAUUUCCAAGCUCUGCACCGCCGGCAGCAGCCAGCAAAACUCGGUGUACUACACCGUCAACCAGAUACUCUAUCCACUGGUGCAGGGAUGCGAGACCAAGGACCUGAAGAUCAUCAAGUUCUGCCUGGGCAUGAUGCAGCGGCUCAUCACCCAGCAGGUGGUGGACCAGAAGGGCGCCCUCUACAUCACCAACGCCCUGUGGACCCUCAUGGAGAACAACAUCGAGGAGGUGAAGGUGCUGCAAACGGUGACCCUUCUACUGACCACCAACACGGUGGUGCACGGCGACACCUUGGCCAAAGCCCUGGUUCUCUGCUUCCGCCUGCACUACACCAAGAACCCCACGAUUGUGAAUACGGCCGGGGCCACCAUUCGGCAGCUGGUGUCGCUGGUAUUCGAGCGAGUCUACCUGGAGAAGGAUUCGGUUUCCAGUCUCCAGCAGCAGCAGCAGCAACAACAGCCAGGUGGUUCGCCAUCGGAGGGCGAGGGAGGUGCAGGUCAGGACGUGCAGACCUUCGCCUCGGAUGCGUUCCUCCUGUUCCAGGAUCUCGUGCAGCUGGUGAAUGCCGAGCAGCCGUUUUGGCUGGUGGGCAUGACCGAGAUGACGCGCACCUUUGGCCUGGAGCUUCUCGAGGCCGUGCUGACCAACUUCAGUGCCGUUUUUCACGAGAGCAACGACUUCCGAUUGCUGCUUAAGGAACGCGUGUGCGCCUUGGUCAUCAAGCUCUUUUCGCCGAACGUCAAGCACCGCCAGCUUCCGGCUCCAAGCAAUGGAAACGCUCCUGUGCCGGCCGAGAAACCCUAUUUCCCCAUCAGCAUGCGAUUGCUGCGCCUGGUGGCCAUUCUCAUACAGAAAUACCACACCAUAUUGGUAACCGAGUGCGAGAUCUUCUUGUCGCUGAUUAUCAAGUUCUUGGAUCCGGAUAAGCCGGCCUGGCAGCGAGCCCUGGCCCUGGAGGUCAUCCACAAGCUGGUCACGCGCUCCUCACUGAUUGCUUUCUUCUGCAAGUCGUACGAUCUGAAGAACCAUGCCACCAACAUUGUGCACGACAUGAUUGCCGCCAUGGGCAGCUAUGUGCGAUACUCCCUGAUCAAUGCCUCGGCCAUGCUAAAUGGUCAGCAAAACGGAAUGGCCAAUUCGCUGACAGCCUUGUCGGGAAAUAAUCAGUGCGGCUUCAUGUUCCGCGGAGCCUACCUCCCUUUGGUGGCUACCUAUGCCCCCGGAGUGUCCAAGGCAGUUUACUUGGAAAUGCUGGAUAAGCUAGAUGCUCCGAACAUUCCCGACAGCUAUGGCAUUUCGGUGGGACAUGCCAUACUCCUGGACAUGACACGUUCCAUUGGAGGCGUCAUUCAGCGCACCCCGGAACUUCAUCCCAGCCACAAUACGGCUGUAAUCACUGAGGAGGAGCACAAGCCUCUGUGCCUGCAGCUGGUCAACUCCAGCUGGUCUGGCCUCCUCAGCGCCUUUAUUCCGCUGGUGGAGACGUCCAUAGACGAAGCCACCACCGAGAACAUCCUCAAGGCCAUGCAAAACUAUGCAGCUCUUUGCGGAAUGCUGGAGCAGCUGCAGCCCAGAGACGCCUUCAUCAUGGCCAUUUGUCGUGCCUCCUUUCCGCCCCACUAUGCCAUGUCCAUAUUUGCCAACACCACGCAGCCGGAUGGUGAAUUAAGAUGUCACACCCGCAGUGGUAGUCAGGAUCUGAGCAGCCAGUUCAUAAACAAUUGCAGCGAGGCAGGAGACUUCCGGCCGCAGAUCGUAGCCGUGGGCACGCCCCUGCCGUCCGCCUCGUUGCCACACAGUGUUAUGCAGGCGCCGGUGAUGUUGACCAACAAGAAUCUGCAGUGCAUGCGAGCGAUUCUCUUUCUGGCGCACAACAACGGUGGAAUUCUGGGCACCUCGUGGCACAUGGUGCUGCAAACUCUACAGCACCUUGUGUGGAUCCUGGGCUUGAAACCCUCCACGGGAGGCAGUCUGCAGGCCAUGCCGAAGCCGGCGGUAGAGGCUAAUGUCGGCAUUCAAACGGCCGUGAUGGCAGAUCUUCCGGUUUUGUCACAAAUGCUUAGCCAGCUGUUCGAGUCCAGUCAAUACCUGGAUGAUGUGGCGCUGCAUCAUUUGAUCGAUGCCCUGUGCAAGCUCUCCCACGAGGCCAUGGAGCUGGCCUACGCCAAUCGAGAGCCAUCUCUUUUUGCGGUAGCUAAAUUGCUCGAGACUGGCCUAGUGAACAUGCCUCGCAUCAAGGUAUUGUGGAGACCGCUUACCAAUCAUCUGCUGGAGGUGUGCCAGCACCGACACAUUCGGAUGCGCGAGUGGGGUGUGGAGGCCAUCACCUACCUGGUUAAGUCCGCCCUUCAGUUCAAGCACAAAACGCCGCUCAAGGAGAACAUGGAACUACAAACCAUGCUUCUGAGUCCCCUAUCUGAGUUGUCUACUGUCCUGCACGCAGAUGUACGCCAACGACAGCUGGAUUGCGUUCUCCAGAUCCUUAAUACGGCCGGGGAAAUUCUCUCAUUUGGCUGGCCGGCCAUCAUUGAGAUCAUUGGCGCUGUAAACGAGCACCAUGGCGAGCCGUUGAUCCGCACAGCAUUCCAAUGCCUUCAGCUGGUUAUCACGGACUUCCUGACCGUGAUGCCCUGGCGAUGUCUGCCCCUGUGCAUCAGCACGGCGGCUAAAUUUGGUUCCCAGACGCAGGAACUGAAUAUUUCCCUAACGGCUAUUGGUCUAAUGUGGAAUAUUUCAGAUUUCUUUAAUCAAAACCAGGACAAGCUCAUGUCCACUCAGUUGCAGGAUGUGUCCAUUCUUCCCGACUUUCCGGGCACGGUGAAAAUGCCGCAAUUCGACAAGUUGUGGAUGUGCUUGUACGCCAAGCUGGGCGAGCUGUGUGUGGAUCUGCGUCCGGCGGUGCGUAAAUCGGCCGGCCAGACGCUCUUCUCCACCAUCUCCGCCCACGGCAGCCUGCUUAAUCCGCCCACGUGGCAGGCGCUGGUCUGGCAGGUUCUCUUCCCGCUGCUGGACAACGUGCGCGCCCUGAGCAGCUCGGCCAGCAACGAGAAGGUGGACGCCAGUGGCAACAUUCUCAUCCAUCACUCGCGCAACACCGCCCAGAAGCAGUGGGCAGAGACGCAGGUGCUCACCCUAUCGGGAGUCUGCCGGGUGUUCAACACAAAGCGGGAGCUGCUCCAGAUGCUAGGUGACUUUGAGAGAGCUUGGUCUUUAAUCCUAGAGUUCAUUCAGAAUGCGGCGUUGAGCAAGAAUGGCGAGGUUUCGCUGGCUGCCCUCAAGUCUCUGCAGGAGAUCAUGUACCACAAUAGCACAGAGCGAGCGGAGAGGGCUCUGAAGGAUCCCCAGACGGCCCAGGAGCAAGACGAGGAAAUCUGGACCAUUGCCUGGAACAUUUGGCUUAGCAUUGGCAUGGAGAGCACCAAGAUGUCCACGUCGACCACAACGAAGCUGCAGCAGCAAAACAGCAAUAGCGCCGAUAGUCAGGAGGACUUUUACAUUCCCAGUCAGGCCUUUCUCACCGCCCUGAUCCAAAUCUUCCCCGCCAUCUUUCAGCACAUUCAAGUCAAAUUUAGUGCGGUCGACUUUGAUAAAUUCUGCACGGUGCUGACAAAUGCAGUAUGCAUUCCUGUCCAGACCGAUGCGGUGCCCUACAUCAUGUCCACGGUGUCGGAUACUCUCCUAACGCCGCUCCACGAUGGCAUUCUGGAUUGCAUGGAGCUGAUACAGAAGGAGGCCACAAAGUCGGAAUCCCACAUUAGCCAGCUCAUUCCAGCCAUUUUCCGCCAGCUGCUGAUCUUCAGUAAGUUCGCCUGUGCCCCGCCCACAUUCCAGCAGAGUGUGGAGCACAAGUAUGCCAAGUCAUCGGGACAUUAUGCCAACAACGCCUCCGUUGAGGUGGUCAGCAUGAACUACAUACCCUUCGGUGAGAAGUCGAUCAGUAUUUGCGUGAAACUGUACCAGACAACGGCCACCGAGGAUCCGGUGGUUCAGGAGCAGAUCCUGCACGACAUCGUUAAGGCGCUGCGCACGCCGCUGGCCAUGAAGUACAAGUGCCUGUCGUCCAGCACUUGGAAGCUGGCCAUCUCCAGUCUGAUCAGCGUGCUGCACACCGGACUCAAGGUGGCGCGGGCCAAGCCCCAGCAUUUCGCCAGCCUGUGGGACGACUUGGCCGACACCCUGGACAAGUUCUUGUUCCCGGCCAGUGUGUGCACUAUCGAGGAUCGCGGUCUGGAGGAGAUCGUGCUUGACGAAACGAUCGAUUGCCAGGUGAUUGAGUUGCUGAGGGACGAGGUGUUGCCUCAUGCCCACGAAAUGCCGCACCAGUUUAUCAUGCAGAUUGUGGUGCUGCUGAACAAAGGCUCCAUUCACUCCGCCUCGGAUACAAACAUUUGCUACGAGUCGGACUGGAAGCUGCGCGAGAUUUUUGCCAAAACGUGCUUCGAGACCCUGUUGCAGUUUUCGCUACUGGAGGAUCAUGCCAACACCAAUAACAAUCGCCUCAAUGCCAAUUUGUUGGCAGCUGGAGCUGCGGGAGCGGGCGGCAAGGACUUUGCUGGCAGGCUGGCGGUUACCGCCCUGCUGCAUCGCUUUCAAGAGGUGCUGAAGCGGUUUAAUGACGAUGAAAGGCAAAGCGGCAAGUGCCCGCUGCCAAGGUUCCGACUGUCUGAGAUAUCGUUCGUGCUUAAAGCCAUUGCAACGCUUGUGGUGUCCAUGAAAAAAGCGCCAGCAUCAAAGGUGAACAAGCCUGCUUGGGAUCAGUUGAUUGGUUUGUACCCCUAUCUGGUAGACUGCACCACGACCACGUCGCCGGAGGUUUCGCGUUCACUGCGCGAAGCACUGCUGCAGUACACAGAUCUACUGCAGGCGCCACGCACCUGCACGGGAAACAUCAACGACAAUGCAAUACAAUCGAAUGGACAAGAGUGAAAGUUUGCCUAGACACAGAGACCAAGCUGACAUCCAGACUGGUGGCAGCUGUGCGAUGUUUUUCUUCUUAGUUCUUUAAGUGCGAAGCGUUUGAAUAUAUAUUUAUUUUGUGCAUAAUUUAUGAAUGUUAAUCUUAGCCCUCCCUCGCAUAGAUGUAACGACUAAGCAUCUAUGUACUUACAUACAUACCUAAACGUAUAUUUAUAUAUAUUUGUAAAAGUAUUUUGUAGUUGAGCUAUAAAGUAUAUUAUAUGUAGGUCUAUCCGGCGUUGCCGGGAAGCCGAAUAACCACGAUAAAACCCUACAAACCGCUUGGCAGAGGGAUGAAACGCAGACAGCAGAUUCCUUUAGUACCUUUUCGAGACGCAAAGACAAAGAACUAUAUUAGCUGUAGCUAUACAUAUACAAAUCUAACUAUGAUCUAUUUGUGUAGCGCAUUUUAAAGUACAGACUUGCGUGUUAUCUGAAUCAAAUAUUAACCAUUAACCAUGAUGCAACCAACCAACUUUGUAGUGACGUUUUUAAAUAAAGCAAAAAUUAUUAUUACCAA